CUUUCGUGGAAUCUUGCAUCUUGCUUCUCGCUUGUUGUUGCUUUCUCCUCGCUCACUGAACACCUCUCACCUCACCUCCCAUCUCAUUAUCACUCAUCCCUGCAUCGCUGUCAUGGGCCGGCAGUGGCAGGUUGUGGCAGUAGCAGCUGUGCUUGCUGCCGUGUGUAUGGCAACAGCGCGUGCAGAUCCGCGCGUGCUUGCUGCAAAGGAGGUGGAGUCCUUCUUGCUGGCAAACGGGCGUGUGACCACAACAUCUGCACGUGUGCUGUACGACAUCUUGUUGGACAAGCAACAAGAGGCGCCACCGCAGCCCAACACCAGCACCAACAACAACGACAACAACAAGCAACAAACCGAGGAGCAAGCCAGCGACGAUCACGACCAUGACGACGACAACACGACGGCCAACAUCAAGAACGACGGCAGUGAGUUCACGCUGUACUACAAGCUGACCACUGGAGACGCCAGUGAUGGCGGUAGCGUCGUUGCGCGAGGAACCCUGGAUACGACCCGGCUGCCCAACGCACUGGUGCUCAACAAAGGACUGAGGCCGUGCUCCAAGUACACCUUGGCGGUGACAGAUGCCCAUGGCAUUACCGUGGGCGUGUCGCGCAUCCACACAGAGUGCCCUGGUCGCGACAUGGCGAUGGAUGCGGUCGUCGUGUCCUGCGACCGCUACCUCGAGGAUCACGAUGACGAGUUUGUGGCCUUGCUUGAUGCCAGCCUCACGGGCAACGAGACCAUGUUCCACAUUGGCGACCAGCUCUACCUUGACCUGCCACGGAAGGCCCUGGCGCAUGCGUCGUUCCCAGAGGCAUACCAGCACGUACGUCGCUUGUACCACAAGUCAUGGACGCGCCCAGCAAUGGCCAGCAUCCUUCGAAAGGCUUCGCACAUCAUGCUUCCGGACGAUCAUGACAUCUUCAACGCCCUCAGCCCUGGCGUGCUGAAGACGCAUGCUGUUGACAUGGCGUUUAUCAAAGCAGCGCACCUGGCCGUCCUGCUCUUCCAGCGUCAACUCUCACACGACAUUGUGCUUGACGUUGAAGCGCUGCUGCGCGGGGAAGUGGAUGACACGGCCCUGUUUGCGCACACGACUGUCGACGACGCCCUUGUGUCCAAUGGCGUGGGCGUGUUCCUGCUUGACCUGCGCUACCACCGCGCACUCGCAGAGAACGAGGCGCACCCGACGCUCGUGGGCACCGGACAGCUGGCCCGGUUCACCAGCACCAUCGAGGCGUGGAGGCAGGACAAGGACGUCUCCAACAUCCUCGUCCUCACCAACCUCCCACUCAUGUACCCAAACACAUUCAUGGCCGACAUUGUCGAAGUCGUCGAACACGACCUGUAUCCGAACCACCGCUCGUAUCACGCGAGCGAGGAUGCGCUGCUGUCUCCGCUCUUCCGCGCGGCGCGGGAGAAGCACGUCACCAUCGCGGCCGGCGAUCUCCACAUGACCGCGUCCAUGACCAUGUGCCAACGCAUCGGCAGCGACGACACCGACGACGACACCAACCACCAGCACGCACAUGAGUCCACAACAACAACAUCGUCGUCGUCAUCAACAACAACGACGUGCAUUCCGGCGCUUGUGUCGUCCAGCAUCACCAAAGGCUCAGAGGGCAUCCGCGGGUUCAUCAUCACGCUGUUCGACAGCCUGGUGCUGCUGGCACCCUGGCCAACAUUCAGUGUGGAGGACCGCCACUACAGCCUGCGGUUUCAUGACAUGAAGCUCAUCAACAACUUCCUUCGCAUCACCGUGCCGACCGCCGGCGCAGAGCCGACAUAUGCGUUUACCGUUCGCCAGCACAACUGGGCGUUUAUGCUGUACCACAACGUGAUGCUGCACACGAGUGUUGUCUUCCUGCUCGGCGGGAUUGCGUUUCUCCUCUUUGUGCUCGGUCGCGCCCUCGUGCGCUGCUGCUGCUGCCCUCCCCGCCCAGCCAAGGUCAAGCGUCAAUAGUGUGUGUGUGUGUGUGUGUGUGUGUGUGUGUGUGUGU